GGAACCGGGGAAAAAUACAAGAGGGAACAUAUCAAGUAUCUGAAUCAAACUUUAAUCAAAAUUCUGGUUAUAGUUCACAUGUGGAUCAGAUCUUUAUGCAUGCCGUCAAGCAAAAAGAAAACAACUGAAAUGUCUGGCACAUCUGGAGUGCAUAUCAAACAUGCGGGUUAAUUAUUAGUUGAGUGGAAUGGCUGAAAAAUAUCAAAUUGCUACAGCUAUACAUACGAUCUACCCAAUCAUAUUUAUUGAGCGAUAAGUUAUGCACAGCUGUUAUCACUCUGUUAUCGCCCUAUCAGCUAGAGCUGUAGAGCUUCUGAAUGUUGUCUAAGCUACAAAAAUGGACACAGCAAAAUAACAUUGUUUGAUUUUGGUUCCAUACAUAUUUUCCUCGUGCUCAGUUCAGUCAAACUGGUACGAAUAUUCGCACACGAAAUAUUACAAAAAUGAGUUGCGGUACGAAAACGCUAAAAAUCUCAUCGUUCGUCUUGGAUUUUCUUUGUUGUGUGUUUAGCGCACUGUCUAUAGCGGCUUGCUCGUAUGCCCUAGCAGUGUUCCCGCACAGUGAGGCCAUUCGCAUACCCUGCAUAUUGGGCAUAGUGCUGGGUAUACUGCUCUUCGGCAGCACCAUCUUUGGCUGCAUUGCGGCGCUGCGUGAGGACAUUCGUCUUAAUUGGAUUUAUGUUGCAAUUUUGUUAGCAUUAAUAUGUGCACAAAUUACCGUUAUAUUCGCACAACCAAUCAACUUUCAGUUGUUGGCCAAUGAGACCAUCUACAAUGCCUGGCAGCAGCAACUAUACAGCAAUGACAGCAUGUCCUACUAUGAAAUCAAGUAUCACUGUUGCGGCAAAUCAGGCCCCCUGGACUAUGCCAAUAGCAGACUACGCGUGCCCGCUAGCUGUUAUUUAAAUCAGAAUUCAAGCAUUGCUACGGAUUUAUAUACAGUGGGCUGUAACCAACGACUGGCCACUGCUUAUGUCAUAGGCACUCGAUAUGAGCGCAUUAGUGAUUGGUCAGUUGUGGGCCUCGAAAUAUUAACUGUCAUAGUUGGCGGACUGUUUGCCAUUACAUUACAGAAUGCGGAACGCAGACGUCCCUACCGCUAGUUUAUACAACACUUGAUUAACAAUUUAAACAGUAUUCAAAGUUGUACAAAAAUGGUACCUAUUGUUUUGUUUAUAACCUAAAACCUCGCAAAGUUUUUCUGUUUGAAAACUAAAGAAGCUGAAAUGAGCGCCACCUGUUGUGUUUUUAUGCAACUAUUAACUUAUUGUUAUUUUUAAAUAUGCGUAAAGUUCUGUAAACGAUUAUAGACAAAUGGUUUGAAAUUAUGAAUAAAGUGUUAAUAAAUAUAAAGCAGUAA